AGGAAACGCGGUAACCCCACCAUAACCAUUGCGUUGUUCACCUCACACCGCGCUUUCCCAUUCUCCUUCCUUCCUCCCUCUGCACCUUCCUCACUUCUCACCGCGCCGUUCCUCUCUUCGAUUCUCUAUCCUUCAGAUCCGAUUUCCCAUCUCAUUCUCUCCGUCAAUUUCCCUUUUUUUUUCGUUCUUAACGAUCUAGGUUUUCAAUUUCCCUCUUUUGACUUGCCACCCUCAAUUUUUCCCCAAUUUUCUUUAUGAUUUCUGCGAUUGAGGGUUCUGAUUUCCUAUUCAGAUCGGUUUUUCGUUCUGGGUUGCUGUUGAAUUCUUGAUCCGUUUUUUUUUAUUCUUUGGUUUUUGGUUUUCUGGGAUUUGAUUUAUUCGAAGAUUAUAUUAGUCUACGGAAAAAGAAAAUACAAAAGAUUGUUUCUUUUUCGGUUUUGGCUUGUGGGUUUUUAAGAUCAUGGUGAAUUCUGAAGGAUUGGGUGGGUCGGCGAAACAAUAUGGUGUUACAAAGCCCAUAUCAAUGGCCGGUCCCACUGGUUCUGAUUUGCAAAGGACUCUGGAGUUGGAGAAGUUUGUUGUUGAUUCAGGGCUUUAUGAAAGCAGGGAGGAAGCUUCCAAGAGAGAAGAAGUUCUUCACCGACUCGGACAGGUAGUCAAAGAUUGGGUGAAGCAACUUACCCGCAUAAGAGGAUACACUGAUCAAAUGGUUGAAGAUGCAAAUGCUGUCAUUUUCACUUUUGGUUCUUAUCGCCUUGGUGUUCAUGGGCCUGGAGCUGACAUAGACACUUUGUGCAUUGGGCCGUCCUAUAUAAACCGGGAUGAUGAUUUUUUCUACACAUUGCAUGAUAUCCUAGCUAGCAUGGAAGAAGUUACAGAACUGCAACCAAUUCCAGAUGCUCAUGUCCCAGUGAUGAAAUUUAAGUUUGAUGGAAUAUCAAUUGACCUACUUUACGCAAGUGUUUCCCGCUUGAUUGUACCGGAAGACUUAGACAUAUCCGAUGUCUCUGUUCUACACAAUGUUGACGAGCCUACUGUUCGAAGUUUGAAUGGCUGUAGGGUUGCAGAUCAAAUUCUAAAGCUUGUUCCAAAUGUUGAGCAUUUUCGAACCACACUUUGUUGCUUGAAGUUUUGGGCUAAAAGGCGAGGCGUGUAUUCCAACGUGACAGGUUUUCUCGGCGGUGUUAACUUGGCCCUUCUUGUAGCUCGAGUUUGCCAGUUGUAUCCAAAUGCAGUUCCAAGCAUGCUUGUCUCUCGAUUCUUUAGGGUUUACACCCAGUGGCGGUGGCCAAAUCCUGUCAUGUUAUGUCCAAUAGAGGAGAAUGAGCUAGGGUUUUCUGUAUGGGAUCCUCGUAGAAAUCCUCGUGAUAGAACCCAUCACAUGCCAAUCAUUACUCCUGCCUAUCCAUGCAUGAACUCUAGUUAUAAUGUUUCUACAAGCACACUUCGUGUCAUGAUGGAGCAGUUCCAAUUUGGCAACAUGAUCUGCGGGGAAAUUGAACUGAACAAAAAUUGUUGGAGUGCGCUAUUUGAGCCAUACAUUUUCUUUGAAAGCUAUAGAAACUAUUUGCAAGUUGACAUAAUUGCUGCUGAUGUUGAUGACUUGCGCUCUUGGAAAGGUUGGGUGGAAUCUCGCCUUCGACAGCUGACUUUAAUGAUUGAGCGUGACACUUUCGGGAAGUUGCAGUGCCAUCCUAAUCCUCAUGAGUAUGUUGACACGUCAAAGCAGUGCGCACAUUGUUCUUUCUUUAUGGGUUUGCAGAGGAAGCAAGGGGAGGUUGUUCAAGAAGGCCAGCAAUUUGAUAUACGUGGGACUGUUGAGGAAUUUAGACAUUCAGUUAACAUGUACAAUUUUUGGAAACCGGGGAUGGACAUGUAUGUUUCUCACGUUCGUAGAAGACAAAUCCCAUGCUAUGUGUUUCCUGAUGGUUACAAACGACCUCGACCACCAAAGCCAACAUCACAGCUGGAUAUUUCUCCAAAAUCUUCUCAUGAAGAUGAGGUUUCUGGGUCUGAACAUAGUGAGAGAAACCAUAAGAGGAAGUAUGACAAGGUAGGUGUGAAGCAGGAUGGUAUACUUAAGAAGCAUUCUACCAGUCCUCCUGUGAAUAGCUUGAGUAGACCCAACUUGUGCCAAGGUCUUGGUGAUUUGUCUGUUGAUGCUGUAUCUCAUAGUCCAGAGUUGAGAAAUGUGGAGAGCCUGUCCAACAGUGGGCAAGAUGAUUUGGGUAGAACAGUGUCUCCUGAAUCUGAACCUGAAUGCGCCUCAAAUUCUAGUGUGAUUACAUCAAGUGAUGGUGGUUUUUCUGAAGACAUGGGUUCUGUAUCAGUGGCAGGUUAUGUUGAGGAUGGCACCAGGGGUGUUGAGGUGACGAUCAAUGGCAGGUUUGAGGGUACCACUUUUGGAAGAGAUUUUGUCACUCCUGUGAAAAAUACAGUGCCGAGUGGAAAUGGAGCAUUACAAGACACGGUACAGGAACAGUUGGAGCCAAAUGCAGUGCUAGGGACGAUUCUUGAUUCUAACGGAGGAGUUCACUCAGAAGUGGUGCAAAACCCGAUGAUAAGUAGACUGAGCGUAGCAUCGACGGUGUGACAUACAAGUAGGACUAGAUGACAAUGUCGGGAAAUGGACACAUCUCACAGUGGAGAAAGAGGAGAAAGCCAGCAAUACUGGUAAGUAUCAACUUAAAUGGUGGCUUCAUUUUGCUAAUUUUUUUCAGGCUUGCUUGCUUGAUCAUUCAAGCUUGCAAAUUGGAACUGAUUGGCAUUAAACUAAAGAGCUCGUGGGACCUGGGAUUUCCAUUGUACAGUUCGCAAAUUUUGUGCAUUAUGGUGUCUGUUGACUCUGUACUAACUUCAAUGGAGUUUGUUAGGAUUAUCUCUGAACCUUAGUGGGAAUGGCUUCUGAUGCACUUUGCUAUUGUUGACCUUUAGGGUUUUUUCUUUUUUUUUCUUUUUCUUUUUAGAGGGUGGUGGUGUUGGUUAGGUGAGGGCAGUGUUGGCUAGUGUUUGUUUUCUCUUGUAAGUUCAGUUAUGAGCUUUGCACUGAUUGCUGUACUCCUUUUAAGAGGUUUUCGUAUGAACUGAACCGUGAUAUGACAACUACAAUCUCAACCUUGUGUC